AUGACGACCCACUGGUAUUAUCCAUCGGCUAUGACAGCUUUCAUGAUUUUAGGAACUGCCUUUUCCAUCGGUCACCAUUGUUACUACGCAUCUCUCGACGGAAAACCGGCCAACAACCAGGAAUGGGUGAUCCGAUUUGGUACUGCAUUCUCAUUCCUCGUCAAGGCUUGUUACGCUUCCAGUCUUACUAUUGCGAUAAAACAGCUCGUCUGGGCUCGAAUUCGUCGGACUGCGUGUUCUAUCCUCACCAUCGACGCAUUGUUCAGCAUAACAACCGAUAUUACUUCUCUCUUUACAGGCGGACUAUGGCGUCGAACUCCCUCUGUCGCCGUAAUAGUGUCAACGGAUAAAGUCAUAUCUCCCCAGCCUUGCAACAUACCGACACUUGACUUUGACAAGAAGUUCGACCGGUCAUGGAAAUCCCCACAGUCACCACUCGCAAACUACAAUGUUUCUCGGUAUCAACAGCCUCAGUUCCCUGAAGACGACGAGAGUCCUUGGGAGGGGCACACACCGGCGGAGAUGGCCUACGGCGGACCGUCCUCGUUUGUGGAGAAGCUUAUUCGUCGUGUCUUCAUUGGAGGACAGAUCCUUGAUACACCUUCCAUCUGUGGUCCAAACUGCACGUACCGUGUCGAUGUACCUGGAAUUGGAUACUCUUGCGAAGUGCUUCCAUCGAAUAUCGAUCUGAUCGAUGCGAUUGACGAAGACAUACCAGCUGUAGCGGCUCAAUACCACAGCUUCAUUGCCGAAAAUCGAAACAUCCUGGGAUUGGUUUUCACGCGUGAAAACCAAUCUCCAGACGGAAAAGAGAAUAUUUCAAUGGAAUAUUUUCGUUGUGAACCACGACGAGUCGUACAUGAUGUGAAGUUUUCCUUCGUCAAUAAUGUACGCACUCUUCAAUUUGGAAAGGAGAUCUUCGUUGGCAAAGUCCCCUGGAUUGUUUUCAAUGGCAAUAAAACGCUAGCAAUGAGUUACGCAGCGACCAAUUUUUGGGCAUAUCAAGGGCUCGCACAUAUACUGCGAAAGCAUAUGGCAGGCACCAUAUGGUGGCCGUUAAAUUCGGGCACCGCAUCGUCCACUCUGCUGGGUUACACGUCACUUGUUUCAGAGCAGACCAAUAAGGUGAACCCCAAUGAGACUCUACUUCAAGGCAUAUUGUGGCCAAGGAUGAAUUUCCGAGAUGGGCUAGUUGAACUUGCUAGAAAUUUCUCUAUGUCGCUUCUUGCCGACCCCAGUCUCUAUAUCUAUACAACAAUACCUGGCAAGUGCCAAAUAUCAGACUGGGUCACUCGGUGGGAGUAUAAUCCUGUACCGAUGUGGAUCGCAUAUGGCUCGCUUUGUCUUAUUGGUUUCGUGGGAAUUGUUUUAGGGGCUCUUUCUAUCACGUUCAAUGGCUGUACUAGCGACAUGGCAUUUUCAAAAGUUCUUUGCACAACACGCAAUACUGCGCUUGAUGAGACGGCAAUGCAUGCUCAUUUCGGUAGUCACCCUCUUCCGAAUGAGGUAUAG